AUGGAACGGGGCAUCGAGGUAAAUCCCAGCAAAGUGAAAGCACUACAAGAUAUGCCACAACCAAGGAAUCUCAAGGAAGCCCAACGACUCACCGGUCGGAUAACUGCACUAUCUCGAUUCAUCUCCAAGUCAGCCAACCGGAGCUUGUCGUUCUUCAAUAUAUUACGUCGAGCCACCAAAUUUCAAUGGGAUGAAGAGUGCGACCGGGUAUUUGAAGAAUUGAAGGAGUACCUCAAUUCAUUGCCUAGGCUCAAGGAAUGGUGCGAAGGGUACGACAUUCAGCAAACUUUCACUUCUGUAGCCUACCCUCAGAGCAAUGGGCAGGCAGAGGUCACCAACCGUGAAAUAUUUCGGAUCCUGCGCGUUUGGCUCGACCACGUCAGAGGGGGCUGA